AUGGGGGCUACAGGGGAGCGAAAGCCUGAAUACCAAAACUCAGCUGAACGAGCCUUCCAGCGCAUGGCGAUGAUGCCAACUGUAUUCGGCGAUGGCUUGCUCAUCACACCAUUGCAUGAUAGGCCUGGAUACGCGUCAAUUAUUGGGGCCCGGACAGGUCUUAAAGAAAUGGAAGUGACACUCACAGAAGUGGAAUGCCUUAAAGAUAAAGAUAUCCGUUCGAUGUUCGAGCUUGAACACUCGGAAGCAAUGCCUCCAAUACGGGCGUUGCAUGUCUACAAAUGCAAGUUUUGUCGUCGGCCAUGUGAUCUUCGGUGCUCAGCUUGUCGCAUGAACUAUUGCUCAAAGAUUUGUCAAUCGAAAGACUGGAUUGAACAUGUGUUUGUCUGUUGUGUCAAGAAUCGACCGAACGAUGUGGACUACUUGAAACUCCUCAGCAGACGAUGGACUAUCUCUAUACGAGACAAGAGCAGCCGCACUGAGUUUCUAACAGCAUUGUUCCGUGACGACCAUUUUUGCAAGACUUUCGGGUUUGAUCAAUGCUCGCAAGAAAUAGAAGUGGUGCACCUGUUCUGUAUCUACGCCAACUUGACUCGUACAUUUCAAAAUAACUACCUUCAGCAUUUCACAGAGCAGAUGAAUUUGGGUCAUUUCAUUGAAGAUUGGGUAACUAUCCAGAUUUUACAAUCUCAGAACCACGAAUGCGGAUGCUUUCAGUGGUUUCUCAAUGAGCGUCGGUCGGGAAUCAUGAAUAUCCCUGGUUCUGGUGGCAUGUUUUUCCAUCAGGUCUCGGCAAUACUGGAACUGCAAAAAAUCUUCUCGGUCAAUGAAGAUACCGAUCUGUCUGCGUCAGAAUACUUCGUCGUGUGUCUUUACCGGGUACUUCUCCGAGAUUUCAACGAUAUUCCAGACACUGGAGAAGCCGAGUGGAUUAGAUUCGGCUUCUGUUACUGCACAACCAGAUCUCAAAGGGAGCUUCUUGCGCACCAUUACAUCCAGCUUGCCUCCCACGCAUCGUUGAAUCAGAUCGCAGAAGCAUGGAAGUCAGAUGAAUUACUCGAGCUCAUGGCGACCAAAGACAUCGACACGUCGUCUCUUCUCUCUCAUGGAAUAUACCCUCGUCGGCCAUCGCCAGAAACAAUUGGAAUCUACCGUCUCAUGUCAGAAGUUACCCACAUCCUGAAUGGGUGUGCAAUAUGCCCAUGCAACAGUUUCUCAUGCCAAUUUCAUUCAAAGGAAGAGCCUUCGCUUUGCUUAGAGUCGGAGAUUGACUACGGAUUUCACGAAACCAAUACCUGGGAGCGCUGGCAAUUACUGAAUUUUUAUUCAUCACUCUUCAAGAAUCCCAAGUUUCAUCCGCGGGAACUGCAAAAAGCAAGGCGAGAUCCUGAUACGAAGGUAUUCGAGGCAUAUAUCGAGUCCUUAGUUCCGGGAUUCCGCCGGGCGCUCAUAAACGAACAUUUAACAGACGCAAUGUUUCCCAAGUUCGCCAGAAUGGAAUUCAAGGGUGAACAUCCAUUCUGCAACUGUGCUAUUCACAGUAUGGUUGUAUCCGAGGGGACUAAUCUGGGCCCUAUUGGAUAUUUUCGACAGAUGCGUGACGAGCGAAACCGAGAGCAGACUUAG